AGGGAGUUUAGGUAAUCACCUUCCCAGCACGCCGUAUAAAAGGCAGCAGGAUGGCCUCAAGACAACUUCGGAUCAAAUCAGCAGUUCCAACUCUGCCAGCACCCUACUCCGAGAACAUCUCGCCAGAGAAACGCCCCUUGUUCUCAAGUAGCGUCGACCGCUUUCUCCGUUGCCCGACGAGACAAUCUCUGCUAUGGCUAAAGAUUCCAGGGAGGAUGCUUCUGGAGCCAUUCUGGAUGACGCUAUACAGCAAGCCCGCUGCGUAGAAACAAUGGCACGUUUCCUUCGUAUGCCUCACGAGAAAUUCUUCAAGUUGCUCGACUACAUAUUUGACAAUAUGGAGAAAGAGAAGAAGGCGGUUGCAUGGGAACUGGAGCCUAACUAUGACGAGGCCGUCAUUCACAAGAACGAGAGGGUCGUGGUCCCCGAAAAGGACGUGGCACAUGGCGGCACCUUGAGUGGAGUGGUCCAGGUUACGGCAAUAUUCGAUGGACACCAUUCUCUCGCCACCGGCGUUGUGAUCUGCAACCAAUACGGGCAGAUCGUUAUAACGGCCGCCCAUCCUCUCUACAGCAAGAAAUGGGGUUACGCUAAGCGCGUUAUAAUUAGCGCUGGUGUGGGCAGCAUUUCUAGCACUGUCGAGUCUCGCGAUGGCAUAUACGCCGUCGUUCCCUAUCCUUAGUUCAAUAAGGGCUUGAGGAAGAACGACCUCGGGUUCAUCCGCCUGCGGGAACCCUUCGAUAUAGCUACAGUCACUCCCUUGGAGAUUUUUCAGACACCUUUAAUCGGUAUCGGAACCAUAGUUGGA